AUGACUACCACACCAAAAGAUGCUUACUAUUUUAAUAUUUAUAAAAAAUUUCCUAAUUCACUUGAAGACUUUUGGGAUAGUGAUUCAGAUCCUGAAGCUUAUAAUAAUGAAGAAUUUAGUAUAGAUAGUUUGUUUGUUUCUCAAAGUAUUAAUUAUGCAGUGUCUGAAAUGAAUGUAAUUCAAGAAGAGUUUAAUUUGGAUCCUAUAACUGAUUUCAACCAAAUCUUGGAUAAUAGAGCAUUAAAUAUCAAAUUCUUAUUGGAUUUGUGCCAACAUUAUGAUGCCCAUUCUAAAAAGAAACUUGAACGAACUAAGUUCCUUUUUAAAACUAGUAAUGAAAAUAAUAGUUCAAAUGAACUUAAUAUUAAUAAAGCUAGUAGUUUAGUAUCUCAAUUGACAAGAGAUGAUUUUGUUUCAACUAAAUCACGAGAAAAUCGAUGGAAAUUAGGUAGAAAUACUAGUAACAGCAUAGUUAGGGCAAAAAAUACUUCAGCUAAAUUUGAUAACACAUUUUGUGUUGCUCAAAUUAUUGCUAUGUAUGAGCGGGAUACUUCAAUAUAUUUAUAUAUUAAUACACCUAUCUCGGACCUCAAAUCUCUUUUCUAUAUAUCUUUGAAAAUUUUCUUUCAUAUUAAUGGUGCAAUUUUUUCAGCAUUGCAUGAUUAUCAAUUUUAUAUUUUUUCUCAUAUUGAAGCUUCACACGUUGUUUAUCAUAUUGCUUCUGAAGAUAUUAGAAAUAAUGAGGAAGUAGAGGAGAUAUUAAUUCUUAAAGAGCAGGCAAAAGAAAUUUUGAAUUCACUUAAGAAAUAUUAA